AUGGAUGAAAAAAGAGUUGCAGACUACUUUGUUGUAGCUGGUCUGCCUGAUGAUCCUCUACCUUUAGAAGAAUUUUCUAAUGAAGCUGCAAUUAAACCUUCAUUCAAGCAGGACCCUAUCACUGACAUAAAAGUCAUUAACAAAUCCUUAGGAGAACAAGUACCAAAGGGCUACAAUUGUGUAGAGAGGACACCCACAGGGUUUCCUGCAGACCUAAAUCAUGGUAGUAUACGAUGUCCUGAAAUGUUUAUAUGUUACAGACGUAGUCGUGAUAAACCACCUUUAACUGAUAUAGGUAUUUUAUAUGAGGGCAAAGAAAGACUAAUGAGUGGAUGUGAAGUAGUGCACACUACACCUUAUGGUCACCCAGCUAAUGUUAACAAUAGUAAUAAUAAUCGAAUCUAUAUUACAUAUCGAAGAGCAUCUGAAUCAGCAUGUAGUGAUACUUUAGCAGUUGUGGAUAUCUGUAUUAUUUUAUUUAAUAAGGUAAGUUUAUCCAACUUUUGUAAGUAA